AUGACGAGAAGGUGUACCCAAUGACAAUGAUCUGACGCAACCUUCUCGUUUGUCUUAGAGCCUGUGGUGGCAUGUAUGAUCAUUAAUACCGAAAAGAUUCCUUUUGGUAUUUUUCGAAUACUUUUGAAGACUUUGGUGAUAAGCUGAGUCAGCUGACCCAAAAGGAAACAGAAUUUGGUGCCAUCUGGUUAAAUAAUUGCAGCUAGGUUGUUGUUGACAUGUGAAGGAUCUUUCGCUGAGUCCUUGGACCAGCCAUUGCUACUCCACUGCAAAAGCAGGAAACUGAAUCUAGCCUAGUCAAGUACUGUCUGCCUAGUGUCAGGCAUGCAAGUUUCUGAGCCAGCAUUGAAGAAACAUGAUUCAUCGGGUAUGGAUGCAAUGAUGUCAGAAGAGUAUGCUUGGCAAUCCAAGUUAUUGGAAGACUUCACUUGUGUUCCAAGCAUAGAGAGUGCUUGGGUUUUCAAAACCAGCAAUGGAGACAGAUCAACAGCAAUGUUUUCUAUUAGUCAAGCAGACCUACUGGCGAACAACACAAGAAAACAUAUUUUGUAUUCUCAUAUUUCGAGACAUGGAACUGACCCUCUAGAGUGUCAAUGGUCUCCAUUCCCUAUUGAAAUGACCGGAGUAUCUGUUGUCGUUCCAUCCCCUUCUGGAUCGAAACUUCUUGUGGUGAGGAAUGGAGAGAAAGGUUCAUGUACAAAACUUCAAAUUGUUGAUCAAUCACAUGUGGAUAAAGAAAUACAUGUAGAUCAAUCUACACAUGGUCCACUUUUUAUUGAUGAGUGGUUUCAAGGGAUUUCCUGGAACCAAGAAGAAACCUUCAUCGCAUACAUCGCUGAAGAGUCACCUAGACCAACACCAGCUUUUGAUGAUGCCGGAUAUAGGAAGGAGGGCUCUUCGGAGAAAGGCUGCAAUAGUUGGAGAGGACUAGGGGAAUGGGAAGAGAACUGGGGUGAAACUUACUCCAUAAAAGGGAGACCCUCACUGUUUGUUCUUGAUAUUGCUAGUGGCGAAGUACGUACUGUAAGAGGAAUUGCAAAAUCAUUGAGUAUUGGUCAAGUUGUUUGGGCUCCACCAUCUUCAACUGGCCAUCAGAAGCAUUUGGUUUUCGUGGGAUGGUUAGAGCACAAUGGGUUUCAGAAAACUGCUAGAAAACUCGGCAUCAAGUACUGUUCUAACAGGCCGUGUUCCCUCUAUGCAAUCCGUUGCCCUUUCGAAGAACCAAAUGCAGAUAACGCAUCGCUUAGUGGUGGUAAAUCAGACUCUGCUUCAGUAGUAACGAACUUAACACCAAGCAUAAGCAGCGCUUUCUUUCCACGGUUCAGCAAGGAUGGGAAACUUCUGGUGUUUCUAUCUGCAAAAUGUGCAGUAGAUAGUGGAGCACAUAAUGCCACAGAUUCUCUGCAUAAAAUCAACUGGCCUUCUGAUUGGAAAACAGAUGAACAUCUUGAUAUGAUCGAUGUGGUUCCUCCUGUAAUGUGCCCUGAUGAUGGCUGUUUUCCGGGUCUAUACUGCUCAUCCAUGCUAUCUGAUCCUUGGCUUUCUAAUCACUGUACGAUAAUAUUAACAUCUGCUUGGAGAAGUACUCAAGUGAUAUUAUUAGUAGAUGUUUUAAGUGGGAAAGUAACAAGAAUAAGUCCAGAACUCUCGGAUUACUCAUGGAGCGCCCUUGCAGUAAAUGGCAGUGAUGUCCUCUCUGUGUCAAGUAGUCCCAUCGACCCUCCUCAGAUUAGUUAUGGCCAUGAAGCGUCAAAGGAGGAUCAUCAAACACGCGGAUGGGUUUGGGAGGAAGUUACAAGUCCGCUCAUGGCAGGCAGCAAUAAGGUGAAGGCUUUGUUAUCGCAUCACAAGUUCAGUAUACUCAAAAUCCCGGUUACUAACCCAUGUGAUGAACUCUCUGACGGUGGUCAGCUUCCAUUCGAGGCCAUCUUUGUGUCCUGCGAGGACAGUUCGCAGAAACCAACUGUUUUAAUCCUUCAUGGUGGCCCACAUUCGACAUCCGUAUCAAGCUAUUCGAAAUCGUCAGCGUUUCUCGCUUCACUUGGAUUUAACCUGCUUGUUGUAAAUUAUAGAGGUACACUGGGAUUCGGAGAGGAGGCUUUGCAGUCACUUCCUGGAAAAGUUGGGUCACAGGAUGUCCAAGAUUGUCUUAUGGCACUAGACUACGUAAUCAAGGAAGGACUGAUCGAUGCGUCUAAAGUAGCUGUUGUCGGAAUUUCGCAUGGUGGAUUCUUAUCAACCCAUUUAAUCGGUCAGGCUCCUGAUAGAUUUUCCGUGGCGGCGGCUCGAAACCCAGUCUGUAACCUGUCACUGAUGGUUGGCACAACUGACAUCCCAGACUGGUGCUACGUGGUGGCAUGUGGAACUGAGGGCAAACACCUAGCCUCGGAAUCCCCUUCCAUUGAUCAUCUUAGAACCUUCUACCAGAAAUCACCGAUUUCCCAUAUUUCAGAAGUGAAAGCGCCCUUGCUUAUGCUUCUAGGAGGAGCAGAUCUUCGGGUACCGGUUUCAAAUGGCCUACAGUACGCAAGAGCUUUGAGAGAAAGAGGAGGUGACAUCAAAACCAUGAUGUUCCCAGAGGACAUACAUGAAAUCAAUAUACCACGAUCGGAUUUCGAGAGCUUCCUCAACAUCGGAAUCUGGUUCAAGAAAUAUCUCAAAUAGGUCCGAGGAGAACUUCAGAUUUUUUCAAAUAUCUCAAAUAGAUCCGAGGAGAACUUCAGAACUUUUGAAAUAUCUCAAAUAGAUAUGAGAACUUCAGAGUUUUCCAGAGCA